GUCUCUCUACGCAUUUAAUGGGCACGAGUGUCCCUUUAAGAAACUCCAUGUUUUUUCACACAUGUGAUCGGACUAAGGAACGGGAUGAUGCUGUUAUGUAAAAUGCACUGUAAUAGAACAUGCCUGUUUGCACUAGAAAGAAUCUGACGGACGGUUUUGGUCCCUGAAAAGAACUUAGUGCCGCGACGUAUCUCACAGGACAACAGAAGUUGUCGAGCCUGCUGCCUGCUUCUCGGUAGCCCACUGGCGGCGCGUGAGAGUCCCAGACUACAAGAUUCUCAGGCUAUGUGCGCAAUUGAGGGAUGUUCGUUCUGUUACUCGCGAAGCUCGUGUAAUAAUUUAUACCUGUAUGUAACAUACGACCUGGUCAACUGUCUUACAGCGCAGUGAGGUCUGGUUCCUGUUUGUUGCACACGAACAGCCUCCCAUCCGAAGUAUGGAGGCGUGUUAGGAGUUGUUUUCCUCGCACGUUGAUUAUUUCGGGGCAUCCUCGGAUCGAGGGACAGGCGAAGGCAACCUCGCGGUGGACAUCAGACAUUAGCGAAGACAAUUCGGCGUAUUUUAGAUUAAAAACGGCUUUAACUGGUCACAUCUGGCUCAAUAUGAGAGUAAAACCUUGAAAAGAGCAAUACAUUCCAGCAUCGAGAGGAUAAGCUUGCUUGCAUCGGCUUGCAGAUCAAGCGACAACGGAUUGCUUGGAAGUCGGCCCUGUGUAAAAGAAUGCGAUGACCCACGCCAGACAGAAGGGUUCCCUGAGCCGGUGCCACAGUUUCGGGCGAGACCAAACCAGAGGUUGGCCGCGUGGUGAGGCCAUGGGCCGGGCCUGGCCCGAACGCUUCCUGAAAGAGGUGGGACCUAAGAAGGGUGUGGGCGGGGCCAAGAAGGGCCAAUCAAAGGAGGCGAAAGAGGUAAAGGGGGAAGUGGACAGAAAGCACUACCCUCUGAGAGGACGUGGAGGUACCCUGGAGGAUGAGGCGCUCAGCACCACCGUACAAAGCACGGAGCCACGAGCUCAGGCCGGCGGAAAGUGUGGGAAGGACCAGAGCGGGAGAGCGUGUAGGGGGAAGUCCGCAACAAAGAGCUUCAACAGCCAGCCUUCAGAUAGCACAAGCACAGCAGGUCAGGUGUCAUCUAAAACCACAACCACAACAAAAGUGCACCACCCGGGGCUUCCCCCAGCACUGGAGCCCCGCAAGCGCAGGUUAGCUUCCCUCAACGCCGAGGCCGUCAACAGCCUGCUGCUAGAGAAGGCAGAGGUGUCCCCAGCCACCAAAGUCGCCAAGAAGAGCCCACCGACGGACCCGCACCUGGAGGUGAAUGUAGCCCCUCUACAGAACCUGCUGCUCAGGAUUCCGCCUCUGGAAAACCUCAAACGUGCCAAAGCCCAAAACAACAACAACAACAACAACAACAACAACAACAAACAAACAAAGCCCAAGCCAACAGAAAAGGAUGAGAUCGACUACUGUAACAUUUUUGCUCCCACUCCCCGGCGCCUGGCGGGGCUCAACGCUGCUGCCUUGCUGAAGCUAACCAGCUUGUCCGCAGCUAGCAAGCAGCGUGUGAAAACGGACUACAAGAGCCCAUGCACUUCAGCGGGAAAGAAGGUGGCUGCUAGCACAAAGACACUUGCACCAGUAGCCAAGGAGCAGCUGAAACCAGCUGGACGGAAAGCGCCUUUGGCUGUAUCGCCGCGGUCUGGCUACUUCUCCUGCAAGAAGGGAGGCUUUGAGCCCAGUCCGCACUGGGAGAGCCCUGUGGAAGACCCCCACAUGGCUAAAGUGGGGUAUCAGUCGGGUAGCGUGCCCGAGUACACGCUGAAGCAGGUCAAGGAGGAGCAGGUGGAGGCAGAGCUUAGCCCCUACUGCUGCUGCGGCCCCCCCGACACGUCGCUGGACUACUGCUGCCACCGGCUGGGCCUUUUCCUCAGGCAGCAGCCUGCCUACCCCGAGGCUGAGGAAGGAUCCUUUGCACCAGUCAAACAGGAAUGUCUGGUGCCACAGCCACCGCCACCCUCGUUAGCGCACCCGUCGAUAGCGCUAAGCGCCCACCACCCCUGCCUCUGUGCGGACCACUGUUUCUCCAGCUACUACGUCCACAUGGCACACUCGAGGGCGCCGCCAUUAGCAGCCUUAGGGUCACGACCUUUGACCUAUGGCCCCCCUGCACUCUGCCCUGGACCUGUCUCUGGCUCUAAGCUGCUAGCGCCCGGCAUUGCCCACUCCUCAGGAAUCCCUCAUGCGCCAUUCUGCACCUCGGUGAGGUCGCCAUGCUACGGCGAAGCCUGCAGGGUCUCCUCGUACACCUACAGAGCGCUGCAGCCCAUGGCCACCAGGGGGUGCUCUUUCAGCACAGGCUGCUCAAGGUGUAGACAGGAAAUCAAAACAGAAGGAUACUCCUCACCACGACGAGAGCACAGUCCCUCUCUACUGCAGGUGCCCCCUGCACUGCCUCUCUCGGGCUGCCCGUUGCCCCAGGUUACUACCCCGACUGCCCCCGUUCCCCACCUCCUGUCGCCCUUGUCUGAGCGGAGACCGAGUGAGCCGGGCAUGGGGUCAGUCCGCGAGUGCCCCCAGGGCAGCAAGCCGUCUAACGGGGCGCUGUCUAUCCGGCGCGCCAGGCUCUCCCUUAAGCAGCAGGCGCCCACGACCGCGCCCAGUGCCAAGCAGAAGAAAGUGGUCCGCCGACGCGCCACCAACGGCUGGCGGCCCCUCGGAGUGCCCGUCGAGAAGGAGGUCUUUGUAGUGGGUGAGGAUGAGCCUGCGCUGAGGCAGUGUUUUGAGGGCGUUCAGCGUGACGGGGAGGAGAUCCGCGUGCGAGACACUGUGCUGCUGCGCUCCGGGCCCAGGAAGAAGUCCCUGCCGUACGUCGCCAAGAUCUCAGCGCUCUGGGAGGACCCAAAAACAGGCGAGGUGAUGAUGAGCCUGUUCUGGUACUACCGACCUGAACACACCCAGGGGGGUAAGGAUCCCAGCAUGCACUGUGAGAAUGAGAUAUUUGCUUCCAAACAUCAAGAUGUCAACAGUGUAGCCUGCAUCGAAGACAAAUGUUACGUCCUGCCCCUAGCCCAGUACUGUAGAUAUUGUGCCUUGAUAAAGCGGCGAACAGAGGGAGUGUCCAAGGGCUCCACUGGUGCCUUGCCCUGUCGACCCGCCAACCCCAACCCCAACCCCCCACACCGCCGAGUGCCCCCGGACGUCGACCCCGACCUGGUGUACCUUUGCCGUCACGUUUAUGACUUUCGCUAUGGACGCAUCCUGAAGAACCUGCAGUAAGAGGCAUGGCCUCUGCAUCUGUGUGUGCGCACUCACAAACAAACACACACACACACACACACACACACACACACACAUUUUUACACACACACACACAGAGUCGCCUACAGGGGGCAUUGUUCCCCACACAUGCACACCCCUGCCUUUUAGUGUAGGGGAUGUCCUUGAGAUGACCUUGAGAGAUGCACUGGAAUUAUGGGAACAGGGCACGGAAGGUUGGGGGUGUCGCUACAUUCUAUGUCCUUAAAGUCUGUAUUGACAUGAAUAUUCAAUGAUUUAAGUAAUGUUUUUUUCCCCAGAAGCCAGGUGGCUUGUUUGGGGCUGCUGGCAUUAACAGAGAGGAUGCUGUUGCUAUGCUACUGACACCAGACCAAAACCCUACAGGAUCUAAUAGAGAAUACUGCUGUAAAGCUACUAGCACCACACCCCUGGUGGCAGCAGACUCUGGUACCAGUCUGACCUGGUCUUGGUUCUGAUCCAGAUCUGGUCUCUUGGACUUGAUUCUGAUUCAGAUCUGGUCUUCUGGGCUUGGUCCUGUUGUGUGUCUGGUCUUAGUUGAUCUGGAUCCAGCCUGGGCAUCGUGUCUGAUCCAGAUCUGGUCUAGUCUCAUUGCUGAUGCGGAUUUAGCCUGAUCUGUAUCUGGCCUAGGCUGAUCUGGAUCCAGGUGUUCUUUUCGGACCAGUUCUGUGCCAGAUCGAGACCGGCACUGCGGUACAUCAACACAGUCGUGUCCGUGAUGAGGACGUUGUGAAGUCCAGGCGUGAGCGCCCGCAUGCAUUCAGCAUCAGUGAAGGGGGUCGUGCCUGUGUCUGUCGACCUCUCUUUUAUUUUCAAACCAGGUCAAACGAGGGACAGUCACGACCCCAAAGUCCAAGCCCUUGAACAGCACCCAGAUGGGAGCUGGUCCUGAAUGUGCUCAGGGGCAGAUCUUAGUCGGACCUAGGCCAAACCCAGGCCAUGUUGGUCCCAGAGUAUACUGCUGACGGGGUCUAGAUAGAGUCUGUUGAACGUGUCCUAUCCUCACGCCUACCCCUUUGCCCCUCUCCAAAACUUGCCUUAUUGCGGUAGGCAGCUAGUUCUUUUCCUUGCCUUCCGUGCUCUGUGAAAGCUAGUCCUUGUUCUUCAGCAAGACAAAGGACAAUUAGCAUCAGUCCAAUUUUGCAUCCUGCUGUCAUAUACCGAUUCCAUCGCCCGCACACCUGAAUCAAUCAAAAAUGUUGUUAGACAAAGCCUGCUACAUCUGAUCAUUUGGAAUGAAGGCCUGAAUAUCGUUUGGAAUUGCCAGUUACUACAUACUCCCCUGGAGAGCCAGCAGAAUUUGGCGUGAAUCUGGAUUGAAUCUGAAGUGGAUUUGGAUGUGUUCAUUUUAGACUCAACCAUGGUUUUUGAUUCUGUGAUGGCAUUGUUUUUGUAAAUUCUACAACCUUUAAAAUAUGGUUACACAAAUACAUUUAUUCCCAAUUAAGUUAAGUCACUUGUAGAUGUGACAUAAAAAUAUAGUGAUAUUUUAUUAGAUCUUUAUUGCUAAUGCUAUCCUUAUAAAUUAUUUGCAUUUGUAUGUAUUUACAUCAUAAGUUCAUUUAUGUAUUUAUUUAUUUGUUUAUUUCACACACUUGAGUGAAAUGUAUAUCUGAUCCCUGCGGCAUCUUUUAGUUAGUAGAGAUGGAUUACAAAUGUGACUGCUGCUUUAGUGAGCAGUGCCCAGAGGUGGCCUGAGGCAUCUUUUAGUUAGUGGAUAUGGAUUAUGAAAUGUGACUGCUGCUUUAGUGAGCAGUGGCCAAAGCCAUUCCCCCCUGAUGUCCAGGCAGACUUCAGAUGGAGUGACCGAUGGUCAUUUGACAUCGGUCUAACCUUUACUCUUCUCUUCUCUGUCCCGGCCCAGUGAAGUUGCACUAAUUCAGCCCAUCAUGGGUGGAACUGGUUGUGUUUCAUGGGCUCUCUCUUUCAGGUUUGGGAAAGGGGGCAUGACAUCAGUGCCCCUUUAGAUGGUGGUGAUGUGUCACAUUCCAGUAAGGGACUAUUCCAUUCUGUCUUGCAGCAAAUGCAGUAACUAGUUAGCUGAUCAGUAACUGUCAAAUACAAUCAAAUUGUUUUUGGUUUUUUUGGGACCAUAACAAAACAAUAAGCGUUCCCAAGACUGGAUUUUCUUUUUAUUUGUUUUGUCCAUCUUUCUGUAUGUUUUAAAUAUUAUUUCAAUUAAUCUGACAUUUGAUCACAUUUCAGCCCUGACCUUGUCCUGACCUUGACAAGUGGUCCGUUGCAUUUGUUCAGCUUGAGUGUUUGUGUUGCCAUCUUUCACCAGUUCCUGCGCUAGUUUCUCUGACAGGAAGAUAUGCCAUCUAGAACUUGUAUGGCUCCCUCUUCUGGUCUCGUUCCUGUCCUGGCAGGAAGCAGCCUAAAAGGAAAUAGUUUGAAAAGUUUUCUUUGAAUUUCUAUGAAGCACCUUUAAGAGAGUUCUCUGAGGAGAACAAGCUGAUUUGACAUCAAGGCUUAAAACCUGGUCCUUUCUUUCCUUCACGCCUCUUCUCACGGAACUCGCUCUGCUCCAGGGUUCUGCCACUACAUAUGCAAGGGCAAGGGGCCAUUAAACUUCCAUAAGCAAUUUCACCCAUGUUGAAAUUACAGCCAAUAUUCUGGAGCACAUAUCCAUCUUAAAAAGAUAUCUACAAUCGGUUUACUGCUUCUCUAAACAAGCAAAUGCAAAACAAAUUCAAAGACAAAUAUUUUACUAUGUCUAUUUCCUUAGUUGGAAUAUGCUAUGUAUAUUUUUCAAUGGAGUAUUUUUGGAAAAGAAAAUCUUUAUUCCGAUGAAUGAUUCUAACAUUGCUAAUUUCUGAUGAGAUAUUCCAUCAUUGAUGCAUUUAAAGUGGAGAGGUAAAAUGCCCAAGCCUGACCCAAAGCUGAAAAAAGUAUUGAGCCAUCAGUUGAAAUAUUUCUAAGGGGAUGUACAUAUUUUCUUUCUUUAAUAAGUGAAAGGUAGUCUUUUAUAGAUACUACUCAGUGCAUUUGUAUUAAAAAUUUAAAAAUCUGAUUGUAAUGAAACUUCUUUAACAAAAAUGUGUACAUUUUUAAUUAAUUAGAUUUUUUUUUCUUUACGUUGCAAUAUUGUGGUCAGUGACAGUGACUGCUGUAUUACAAGAUAUAGUUAUUUAAACAAUAUUAUUUUAAAAAAAAAAAUGUCUAUUGAAAAGAUGAGUGUAUGUUAAUAUCUGUGUGACAAUGCAAGUUAGCAUCACUGGUGAGGACCAAAGCACACUCUUCUCAACCAUCUGAGAGGACUCCCACCAGAGCUGGGUCGGCCAUUUUGAGUCGGUUCCUCCCACAGACCACAAAUGUGGGAAUCGAGUUAAAACACACAUACACACACACACACACACACACACACACCACUGUUUCAGGGAUCACACAUUCUCUGAAAUGCAGAGCUCUGAAUGCUACUGUGUUCCUCGGAGCUCGUUUCUAAGCGAGAACGUUUCGCGGUUCCGCCGAGACCCUUAAGAGGCGUUCUGUAUCGGCCUAUGGAGCACCUCCGGGUCUUACUCUCCGAAGAGAGGGGAUGGUGAUGGUGGUCUUCUAGUCUGAUAUCCCAGAUGGCCGACUCUCUCUGUGGGCCUCAGUGUCUCAUGCCAGAGAGCAGCGGGCUCGGCCCAGAUGUGGUCUUCCUCCGGGCCAGAUCUGGGCCACUGAGUCCGCUCCUGUCUGUGAGUGUGCUGUAUGAUUCUGUACUGUUCUGUCUUGAUCCUCUGAGAUUUUUUUAAUCGGUGAGCUCCUCAGCUGUGCUUUUGUUUUAAUUAGUGUAAAUUAACAUUAACGAUGUGAGUGGGUAAUAUAUCCACCAAAAAAAAACAACAACAACAAAAAAAACAUGUAUAUCUUGAGGCCAUCACACUGUAUUGAGUGUGGCCCUAACUUGGCAUGUACCCUUAUUUCCCACCAGGGGGAGCUGUUCAGGGGGAAUCCUGAAUGCUUUGAGCAGUGAGCCUCUUACAUGCAGUACUUUUCACAGAGAGACUCUAGUGUGCUCAGCUGUCCUGCGAAGGCUCCUUAGCCCAGAGGAACUCCCACAGUCAGCUGCUACCUGUCUGUCUACUUAGCUAUUACAAGCCAUCUACGUAGACACCCUCCCUUACUCCAGCGAGAGCAGGAAAUGUGAGAGGGUUGUGACAUCUGCUUCCUCAUUCCCCUGAUUUGAGAUCUUUUAAGAUGUGGCUCCUGGUGAGAAUGGGGGCAUUUGGGGAUACAGCUGUUAGUCAAGUGCUCACUGGUGUUUCUCUGUGAGACAGAGACGAAAACAAGCUGUGUAGUAUGAAAUCUCUGUAAUCUAAAUGGAGAACUCUGCUCUAUUUUUGGAUGAUAAUGAUCCAAAGUUCCGCAGGGGACUAAAAUGAUGUUAAUUGGAGAAGCAUUGAGUGAGAUCGGAUGUAGUGAAGGCUAGGCCUCAAGGCUAUGCUAUAUGCAUAUUCCUGUCUUCCUCAAAACUACUCAACUACCCAAGCAAAAGUUUACACUCAUUAUCAUCCAAAAAUAGACACUAGGUUCUUAGACAGAGAAUAUCCUGGUAUACGCCUGGACGUUCUCCACCCACAAUCCCUCUCCCUCCUGGCUAGAAAACCCAAAUCCAAAUCCCUCUUACUAGUAUUCAGGGUAGUUAUAGUAUUUCCCCAAAACUAUGGGACUAACUUCCUCUGUAACUGAAAGUGUUGAAAAGGACCCCUUUGGUGGUGGUUAGUAAAGAGCAGAAUUGUUUUCCGAAACACAGCCCAGACGUCCUUGAUUGUCUUUGCCUGAUUAGAUAUGUGGUGGGUACAGGGGAUAUCUCUAGUCUUUAGUCCCCAUGGCAGACUGUAGACUUCCUCUCACUUUUAUGACAUCACUUCCUCUACAACCAAAAUUCUAAGAGGGGGUAAACAAUGAUAUGGAAGUUGUCCAGUGCUCAGAGCGCUUUUUUUUGUUCUAUCCAAGGCUUAAUGUUGGCAUAUAUCUAUAUUUAUACAUAUUUUGAUAUUUAAGACUGGGGAUGAUUCCUUUUGAAGAGUUAUUUUUAAGUAGAGAGAUGUUUGUACUAGAUCAUUUUGAUUCGCUUUGUCAUGCACUCUUUUUUUGUUUGUUUCUAAGUGUUGUUUUGUUUUUUUAAUGAAGUAAGAAUCCCUGCUGAUCUGUUGUUCAACCUGAAAACCUAUUUAUACGUUGUCUUUUGUGAGUAUAACUUGGACUCCCUUGAUCUGCUGGCCGUACCUUUUUCGAGCUUCUGCCUUUGAAGGGAAUAAAAUGUACCUUGAUAUGA